AUGGUCUUCCUGUUCACAGCUUUUGUCCGGAAAGAUGCCCUGCCCUUGGGUACCUUCUCCAAAUACACCUGGCACAUUACCAACAUCCUGCAGGUCAAGCAAAGAUUUGACACUCCUGAGAUGCCCUUGGAAAUCACACGCAGCAUCAUCCAGAACCGGGAUGGGACCUAUGAGCUGUUUAAGUGCCCGAAGGUUGAAGUGGAGAGCAUCGCGGAGACAUACGGGCACCUGGAGAAGCAGCCGAUUCUCCGGCCCUUGGAACUCAAAACCUUCCUCAAAGUUGGCAACACAUCACCUGAUCAGAAGGAACCGACCCCGUUCACUAUUGAAUGGAGCCCAGAUAUUUUACCCCAGUCCAAGAUUGGUGAGCUGAGGAUUAAGUUUGAAUAUGGCCAUCACAGGAAUGGACAUACCACUGAAUACCAGGAGCAACGCCCUUCACUAGAACAGACCCUGGAGCUGACGCCUCUAACCACCAUCACCUUUCCUUGACCUAACACCCAGCUCCUCUCCCCGCUAAGUUUGCACAGCCCUGUUCCGUGGGCUCUCGGCCCGGGGCAGUAUUAGCAUUGAACUUGUACGGGGUUCCGUAGUGAACUGCUCUGUAAAGCUGAUGUUUACUGAUUUCUAAAUAGUCACCGGAUCUACACUAGAAGAAAGACACCUCACCUGCUCUAUAAAUAGCAUACUUUGAUGCUGCUUCACAUGUAGUCUUCACUCAAACUGUCCUGUAUUCAGAACACACCUCUGCAUUCCCAGUCACCAGGACGCAUUCAAACCUUUGGGUUGUAGUUCCUUUCUAUCGCUUCCCCCUGGAAAACAGACUUAUCUACAGCUCACAGUAUAUUACGAAGGGAGCUA